ACUCAUAUGUGCGUGCGAAAUAUAUAGAUGCACGAUAGCCGCAUCGACACGGGUCCCACCGACCGUGUGAGAAAAUACACAUAAGUAGUGGUUUUUCCAUAAUAUUUUGCUUCGUUCAGGCUGCAACGUUUUUUAAUUGUAAAUGUAGCUGCAGCAGACGAUCUGGACUGUGAUUUUUAUCGAUAGUUUGCAAGAAACAACAUCUCGUUAGUCGAAAAACAAAUAAUCCACAACGACUGAAUCGUGCUGUUUUUUAGUAUGUCAAGUGUCAGCCACAAAAUGUGUCAUAGGUUUUAGAUAAAAAGCUGGAUUUACAUUCGAAGAGGAUACUUCAAGUUUUGAAAAUUAAUAUAAUUGCAUAAUUACAUUUGUUCAAAAUGGUCUCUGUAAUGCAACCCUUUAUGGACAUUGAAAGUUCACGCAGUUACAUUGACGAGCUGUAUUCAGCUGACAAUCAGAAAUGUUUUGAUGCAGUAGUCUGUCUGAAAAAUUCUGUCAUUGGCAGCAACAGACAAAAAGGAUCUGUCAUAGCUCAAGGCGUUGUACCCAGACUAUUACAGCUGUUAUGCGAUCCCAACAAUGUGUACGAUGACAAAAUUCGUUUGGAAUCUGCAGUCACUCUUGGUUCCCUGGCUAAGGGAACUGAUCAACACAUACUGGCCCUCAUUGAUUUGGGCGUUGUAACAUCGAUCUUGCAAGUCCUAUCAACGUCAGUGAUUCCUCUGGCAAAUCCUGAAAACAUAAAGCUUCGCAACGCUCUGUACGAGGCCUGCUUGAGAUGUUUGCGCACAAUCUUUCAACAUCAUGCCGCGCCGGUUUCAGCUAUUUUCAUCGAACCCAGCUUCAUACCGAAAUUGUUGCAACUGUCAAACAUAUCCAUCAACAGUCAGGUGUACGUUGCGAUGAUACUGACGGCUGCGUGCAAAACAUGCGAAGAGCAAAACAUCCUACUGGCUGGUGGCGCUAUCAAAACCCUCGCCAAGCAACUAAAAUGCGAAUUCGCCGACGUUCAACUACCGGCUCUGGCCUGUCUCGCCAAUAUGUGCUAUCAGAACGCCGACGUGGCCGCCUUGAUCGCCUCGACCACGGUCACAGACGAGGUCGAGGAGUGCAUCCCGGUGAUACUUGGCCAGCUCAUGGGCCGCGACAAGGGCACCCUGAUACAGCUCGAGGCGGCUCGCUGCGUCGCCUACAUGCACCGUGCUCACGCCUUGGACUCCAACGAUCCUCGAGUCGUGUACAAGGCCCUGCCGACCCUCAUAAGGCUCUGCCACAAGGAGAAGCCGACGCGCGAGAGAAUCGCUGCAGCUGAAACCCUGGCUUAUUUGACCGAGGUAGACACGGACCUGCAGAGGCUCGCCUCGAUCAGCAAUCAUCUCAUACCGACUCUUGCGGACUUUUUGAAACCCAGCUCACAGGUGCACGACGCCGCUCUAGCUCAAGACAUGAGACAAGCGGCUUUCCGGGCUUUCGCCUCCUUGGGAGCCAACGACGAGGACAUUCGCAAGAGAAUCAUCGAGACCGAGAAUCUCAUGGAGCAGGUCGUCAGUGGCUUGCAAGAUCCAGGUGGUCCCAAGGUGCGCUUGGCCGCGGUGCGCUGUUUGCACUCGCUGUCGAGGAGCGUCCAGCAGCUCAGAACGACUUUUCAGGAUCACGCUGUCUGGAGACCUCUGAUGCAGCUGCUGCAUGGUGCUGACAAAUGCUCAGAAGGAAAACCCGAUGGCGAGGAAGAUCUGUUGACAGUUGCUUCUGGCACGCUGUGCAAUUUACUUCUGGAAUUCAGCCCCAGCAAGGAACCGAUUCUCGAAUCCGGUGGAGUAGAGCUACUCUGCUCCCUGACCAAGAGGUCCGAUCCGUCGCUUCGACUGAACGGCAUCUGGGCCCUGAUGAACGUCGCUUUCCAAGCCGAGCAGAGGGUCAAAUCGCAGAUACUUACCUGCCUCGGCACCGAUCAGAUAUUCCGUCUCUUGGCCGAUCCCGAGCUGGCCGUACUAAUGAAAACUCUCGGCUUGCUGAGGAAUUUACUCUCGACGAAGACGCACAUCGAUCGCAUCAUGGCUGAUCACGCGGCUCACGUGAUGCAGGCCGUCAUUCUGGUGCUCGAGGAUCCCAAUCACCCGGCCGAGGUCAAAGAGCAGGCGCUCUGCAUACUGGCGAACGUCGCCGACGGCGAUCGCGCCCGAGAUCACAUAAUGGCCAACGAGGACGUGCUUAAAAAAUUGAUGGAUUACAUGAUGCAUAGUAACGUAAAGUUGCAAGUCGCCGCGAUAUUUUGCGUGUGCAAUCUCGUCUGGAGAGAGGAGCCCGGGGCGGCGCUGCGUCAGGCACGCCUGAAGGAGCUCGGCCUCUACAGAAUCUUACUGCAACUUAGACAUACCAAGGAUACCCAAUUGUUUGAUAAUAGCGUAUUUUAUUCCAGAGUCAAGACAGCUCUUGCUCAGUUCUUCGAUACCUGAGCUAUAAGUACCAUCGAGCAGUACAUCACUAGCGUUUUCGAAGAUAUCGGCAAAAAUAUGACUGAUAAGAAUAAUCCUUAAAAAAAUUACGAAAUUUUCGACGCUAUUAGUAGAUGUUGUAUUUCAAUUGAACACUUUAUCUCACUUGUAAUUCUAGUAAUUGUAAUCUGACAUACAAUUUGUUAUAUGUAGACAAAUCUUAUUGAAAAAGGUCACGACGCGAUGUUAUCACAAUUGUAUGUGUUGAAUUUUCUUUUUUUUUCUUUCUGAAAAAAAGAUAUAUAUCGAACUUAUUACACAGCACUGCAAUAAAUAAUGCAUCAAAAUUUUA